UACUAGCUUUCUCACACACGUGGAUAGCAUAUUAUCACGUCGGAUGGGAAUCUGCUCGUCUACUUUGUAAAAACAAUACAACUUUCACGGACUACCUCUUCACGGAACAUUUGUACAUUAGAGUUCAUGAACGUUUUUAUUUUGCUUAACUAUUUCUUAAGAAGACCAAUGAUACGAUGGAAAAUUUAGAACUGAACCCAUCAUCGCUGGCAACGAUAUGUAACCAUAUCGACAAAAGCCACAGCCAACUAAGCCAAUUUCUUUCCAAGCAGAUAUGGAGUCAGCAGGACAGACGAUGCAUUCUGGAGUGCCUCGCCCAGGUGCUGUUGGAGAAGGAUUAUACAUUGUUAAUUGCAAGACACUUGAGACCCCUUGUUCUGGACUUGCUGGAGCGAAAUGCAGAGAGGGUUAAGAGAAAUGGCAGGAUCAACCACGACCUCCACGAACGCCUGUGUGUGGCACUCAGCAAACUUCUUUGGAUUAGCCCCGAUGCUCAGGCGUUUGCUGCAAGGUACUUCAUUGAUGCCCCGCCAGUGUUUCAGAGGCUGUUCUUCACCAGUGAAGAGACGUCAACUGUUCAAUACGGUCCAAGGCGAAUGAAAUUGCGUGAUCUCAUGGCUGCAACUCUUCGUUUCCUCAAGAGUGAUUGUGGCAAGUUUGAAAAGCUAUGGGACUGGAGUCCAUGUGUUUCCCAGUUGCUCAUGAGCGAUGUCCUGGUUCGAGGGUACACUGCUCAUUGUUUAGCACUGGUGACUCGGAUGACUGAUAAUCAGAAAAACAUCUUUUUGAGUAAGCUUCUGACAAGUGAUGAGAUUCUGCAGAUGAAAAUCAGAGCUUUUGAAGAAGCUCAGCAGAUGACGAUAGAAAAAGCCCUUGUGUUAGCCAAUGAAGGAUCAUCCUUUGGGCGCAAGGAAAAGAAGCAUAUCCAGGGCCAGUUAAUAUCAGAGGACCUCUCUCAGAAUGUUGUGGCAAUCUGUGGCAUUGUGCUGCCUGUAAGAGGACAAAAACAGACUGAAAAGGUAAAUGAAAAGGACAUGGUGCUGGUGGACUCAACCUGCCUGAAUCUGAAAAGACUGGCAUUGGCUGUGGCUUCACAGAAGCCGGUGCUCCUUGAGGGGCCCAUCGGCUGUGGUAAAACUGCUCUGGUGGAGUUUAUGGCUACUGUUACUGGUCACACAGAAUCUUCAAAGAUUCUAAAGGUCCAACUUGGGGAUCAAACUGACAGUAAGCUACUGCUUGGGAUGUAUCAUUGCACUGAUAUACCGGGGAAGUUCGUAUGGCAACCAGGAACCCUGACACAGGCUGUCUCUAAAGGACUGUGGAUUUUGUUGGAAGACAUUGAUCAUGCACCGCUAGAUGUGAUAUCUGUACUCCUUCCAUUGAUGGAGAACAAAACAUUAAUGAUUCCAGGACGGGAAGAUAGCAUUGACAUAUCGCCUGGAUUUCAGUUCUUUGCAACAAGAAGAAUGAAUUUCAGCGGUGGCAGCUGGCACAAACCAACAAACUCCAAUGCAGCUUUGCUGGAUAAGUACUGGACCAGGCUGGAGAUUGGUAAUAUGACAAGGAAAGAAUUGAAGACGGUGGUUAUUAGCAAGUACCCAACCCUGACAAUGGUGGCAGAUCGUCUGUUAGACAUCUACUGCCACCUCACCGGUGAUAGACAUUUGGACCCAUCAUCCUCUCAAAGCUCCAAUGAAAACCAGCAGUCCAAGUCUGAGGAGAUCUCCACUCGGCUGGAGAGUAGAACACUUUCCUUAAGAGAUUUGCUGAAAUGGUGUGAGAGGAUCAACGUCAACUUUAACGGCACUUCUUCCGCCACUGCCCAGCAUGUGUUUCAAGAGGCUCUAGACUGCUUCACAGCAAUGAUGUCUCACCCUGAAAGCCAACUGCGGAUCGCUGCGAUAAUUGGAAGCAAGCUCAAUAUCUCCAAAGAAAAGGUGCAACACUUCUGUCAGAUGUAUCAACCUGCCAUCUCGUUGGCUGAGCAUGAGACCUUGGUGGGUCGAGUGAGUCUAGUUCGAAAGCAGACUGAAACGGUGCAGCUUGUAAUCAGUGAUCACCAGACUUUUGCUGCUACUCGUCCAGCUGCUGUUCUACUAGAGCGACUGGCUGUGUGCAUUGCUAAACAGGAGCCUGUUCUGUUAGUGGGAGAGACUGGGACGGGAAAAACCACCACCGUACAACACCUGGCCAGAAUUACAGGGCAUAAGUUGAUGGUUGUAAACAUGAACCAACAGAGUGAUACUGCAGACCUCCUUGGUGGGUACAAGCCAGUUGACCAUAGGCAGAUCUUACUUCCCCUGCGGGAGGCCUUUGAGGACCUGUUUUCCCAGACUUACUCCAGGAAGCAAAACCUAGCAUUUCUAGGCCAUGUGCAGACGUGCUUCAGGGAGAAACGUUGGCACGACCUUCUCAAACUCAUGGACCACGUCUGCAAAUCUUUCCUCACUAAAGAGUUGCAAGGAAAGCCAAAUGCCGCCUUACUGCAAGAGAAGUGGGACUUCAUGGCAACAAAAUUGAGUCAGACUCGGCAGCAGAUUCGAGCCUGUGAGACAGCCAUGAUCUUUGCUUUUGUGGAGGGAACAUUAGCCAAGGCGGUGAAGAACGGCUAUUGGAUCUUACUAGAUGAGAUCAAUCUCGCAGCAUCAGAGACCCUAGAGUGUUUGAGUGGACUGCUUGAGAGCAGUGCUGGAUCCUUAGUUCUGUUGGACCGUGGAGAUUUAGCUGCUCUUAUUCGACACCCAGACUUCAGAAUAUUUGCCUGCAUGAACCCAGCUACUGAUGUGGGUAAAAAAAACCUGCCCCAUGGCCUUAGGAACCGGUUUACAGAGCUGUAUGUGGAGGAGCUGGAUAAUGAGGGAGACCUGCGGAUCUUGGUUUCAGUCUACCUAAAAAAACUGAAUCCCCACAGGAGUGUAAUCGAUGGAAUCAUAAGUUUUUACCUGGCAGUGAGAAAAGAGGCUACCUCACACCUUGUGGGCGGAACCGGUCAAAGACCCCACUAUAGCCUGCGCACACUAUGUAGGGCACUGAAGUAUGUGGCAGCGAACCCAUGCAAAAUUGUGCAGCGCUCACUUUAUGAGGGUUUCUGUCUCAGCUUUCUAACUCAGCUCGACAGAAUGUCCCAUCCUGUGGUCCAGAAACUGGUUUGUCAGCACAUUCUCAAAGGAAACACCAAGUGUCUCAAUCAACCCAUUGUGGCUCCUUUAGGCAAACAAUGUGUGGCAGUUGAGGGCUACUGGGUUUCACAGGGAGAUUUGGAGCCAACUUUGGAUCCCAGCUACAUUCUCACACCCUCGGUCAAACUCAACCUACGGGACCUUGCAAGAGUGGUAUCUGCAGGAACUCACCCAGUGCUGAUCCAGGGGGAAACCUCUGUGGGGAAGACAAGUCUAAUCCGUUGGCUGGCUGCAGCGACUGGUAACCAUUGUGUCAGAAUCAACAACCACGAGCACACAGACAUCCAGGAGUACAUAGGAUGCUAUUGCUCAGAUGACAAGGGCAAACUGGUGUUCACAGAGGGCAUUCUCAUCGAUGCCAUGAAGAAAGGUUACUGGAUCAUCCUUGAUGAAUUGAACCUGGCCCCCACUGAUGUUCUUGAGGCCCUCAACAGGCUGCUAGAUGACAACAGGGAGCUUUUCGUUGUGGAGACACAGGAAGUCAUCAAGGCUCACCCAAGAUUCAUGCUGUUUGCUACCCAGAACCCUCCUGGUCUCUAUGGGGGUCGAAAGGUUCUCUCCAGAGCAUUCAGGAAUCGCUUUGUGGAGCUGCACUUUGAUGAGCUACCUAGCACAGAGCUGGAGACCAUCCUCCAUUUGCGGUGCAGCAUGCCUCCAUCGUACUGUACAAAACUAGUCAAGGUCAUGAUAGAUCUACAGUCAAUGCGCAGAGGCUCUUCUGUCUUUGCAGGCAAACAUGGGUUCAUUACUCUCAGAGACCUGUUCCGCUGGGCAGACCGCUACAGGCUGGAAGAGCAGACUGAAGCCUCUCAGGACUGGCUUCAGCAUUUGGCUGAUGACGGAUAUAUGUUGCUAGCAGGACGCGUGAGAAAGCCCGAGGAGGAGGCCACCAUCCUGUCCAUCCUCGAAAGGCACUUUAAGAGGACCGUGCACCCAGAAAACCUGUUCUCUCAGAAACAAGUCAACAAACAGUUUAAUCCCUUUGUUGAUAGCAUUGCUGGAGUUCCAAAGGAUUUUCACCAUGUGGUAUGGACACACAGCAUGAGGAGGCUAGCUGUGUUGGUUGGACGAUCACUUCGAUUUGGCGAGUCUGUGCUGCUCGUCGGGGACACUGGGUGUGGAAAGACUACAAUCUGCCAGCUGUAUGCUGCUGUGACUGGGAAGAAGCUUUUUUCUGUCAACUGCCACCUUCACAUGGAAACAUCAGACUUUCUAGGAGGGUUGCGACCUGUCCGACAUUCCUCUCAGGCUGACGCUGAUGAAUGCAAGCUCUUUCAGUGGCAUGAUGGGCCCUUGGUUUUGGCCAUGAAAAACGGUGGGGUGUUCCUCAUGGAUGAGAUCUCCUUGGCAGAUGACUCCGUUCUUGAGAGACUAAAUAGUGUUUUAGAGAUGGAGAAGUCACUUGUCCUGGCAGAAAAAGGCAGUGGCGAUGACAAUGAUGUGGAACUGAUCAAAGCUGCUGAGGAUUUCCGUCUGGUUGCCACUAUGAACCCAGGAGGAGACUUUGGAAAGAAGGAGCUUUCUCCUGCCCUCAGAAACCGCUUCACUGAGAUCUGGUGUCCACAAAGUAAUGACCGUGCUGACCUUCAUCAGAUUAUCCAACACAAUCUAUGUCCUGGGCUCUCACUCGAUGGUGGUGAGAUUGCAGACGUGAUCCUGGAUUUCACUGAGUGGUUGACCCUUCAAGAUUUUGGCCGUCAUUGUAUCAUCAGCGUCAGAGACAUUCUUUCAUGGGUUAACUACCUCAAUGUUGUGUGUAAACGGCAUGACAAGGAAGGUGGUACGGAAUUGGACCUCAAGCAGGACACUGUUCAAGCUCUUAUCCACGCUGCGUGUCUGGUUUAUAUUGAUGGGAUUGGUUCAGGAACCACUGUGUCCAGUUCCAACAAUGCUAUCAUGGCACGCAAGAUGUGCUUGGGCUUCUUGCACAACCGCCUGAGCAAAAUGAAUAAACCGGAUCAGGAGACACUUGAUACACUCAGAAUCUACGACAGCAGCCUUCUGCGAGAACCUCAAUGGGGCAAAGAAUUCUUUGGCAUCAACCCUUUCUACAUUCCCUUAGGUCCUCUGGCUGAGAGCAAUAACCUAUCGGAUUACACCAUUGGAGCAGGCACUACUGCAAUGAAUGCCCUGAGGCUUUUGCGGGCAUUGAAACUUAAGAGGCCCGUUCUGCUGGAGGGAUCGCCUGGUGUGGGGAAGACUAGCCUUGUAUCUGCACUGGCGAAAGCUUCAGGGAACCAUCUGGUCAGAAUAAACUUGUCAGAGCAAACAGAUGUCACAGAUUUGUUUGGGACUGACCUACCUGUAGAAGGAGGGAAGGGAGGAGAGUUUGCAUGGCGCGAUGGUCCACUUCUGGCUGCUUUGAAGUCGGGGAACUGGAUUCUCCUAGAUGAGCUGAAUCUGGCGUCCCAGUCUGUGCUGGAAGGAUUGAACGCCUGCUUUGAUCACCGAGCAGAAAUCUUCAUUCCUGAGCUGGGCAUGACCUUCCAAGUUCAUCAAGAGAAGACAAAAAUCUUUGGCUGUCAGAACCCAUACACACAAGGAGGUGGCCGUAAAGGGCUUCCCAAAUCCUUCCUUAACAGAUUCACACAGGUGUUUGUGGACCACCUCACCAGCAAAGACAUGGAGUUCAUCGGAAAUUCAAUUUUCCCGGCAAUUGAUAAAGAAAUAAUUUCUCGAAUGGUGGAAUUCAGUGACAGCCUUUUCCAGGAGGUGAGUCUUGAACGGCGCUGGGGUCAAAAAGGAAGCCCCUGGGAGUUCAACCUGCGUGACAUAUUUCGCUGGUGUCAGCUGAUGCUGGCCGAUCAGUCUCCAGGAUUUUUCAACCCUGGCCAACAUGUGGCUCUGGUAUAUGCGGACAAGAUGAGAACAGAGGCCGACAAGGCACAGGUGCUGGCUGUGUUCAGGAAGGUAUUUGGGGAAGAGUUUGAACCUUACAUGGGUUCCAGACAAUUUCAUAUCACACCACUCAGCUUUCAGAUGGGCUUCUCUCUACUGCAGCGAAGUGGUGGAGCGCCUGUGGGCUUAGAUCCGCCACUCUCCAUCACACAUCAAGCCCUGGGGCCACUUGAGUCCUUAAUGAAAUGUGUUGAGAUGAACUGGAUGACCAUACUGGUUGGGCCAACGGGCAGUGGAAAGACCAGCCUGGUGAGGCUACUUGCUCUCUUGACAGGAAACCGCCUCAAAGUCAUGCCUAUGAACAGUGCCAUGGACACUACAGAGUUACUGGGAGGCUUCGAACAGGUGGAUAUUAUGCGUCCAUGGCAACAUCUUCUUGAAAGCGUCUACUACUUAGUUGCCCUGGUCGCAAGGCGUGGAUUGAUGUCGCUGGAUGUAUGCCUUCAAGACACCGAGUUUCUACUGCAGACAUGGGGCAUCUUUUACCACUGGCUGAGGGAAGAGAAGCCCGAAAGCUCGACAAGAACAUUGAACUUUGAGGCUGUAAACAAACUGGAAGUCAUUGUCGUCCUCUUGCAAAAACUGAACACAAAGCUCAAAGUGUUCACAGACAUGUCAAAACUGCAACAGGACUUCAUGCUACUAAAAGAGCAUAUGUCGCAGUUGAAAAAUGGAUGGACAAAUGGAGGAUUUGAAUGGUUAGAUGGAAUGCUAAUCCAAGCCAUGCAGGCAGGUGAUUGGUUGCUCAUGGACAACGCUAACUUCUGCAGUGCCUCUGUGCUGGAUCGCCUGAAUGGUCUCCUGGAACCUAGUGGAUCUCUCAUCAUUAAUGAACGUGGAGUUAUAGAUGGGAAGAUCCCAAUAAUAACACCGCAUCCUAACUUCAGGUUGUUCCUGACAAUGGACCCUGUGCACGGAGAGCUCUCCAGGGCCAUGAGAAACAGAGGGGUAGAAAUUUAUAUCCCUGGGGAAACUGACGGAAUAUCCUGGGACACACUGGAUUUGAAAACAUUGCUUCACACUGCUGGAGCGACUGGGGACUGUGUGUGUAAUUUGCUGAUAGAAAUACACAAAAGCAUCAAAUCUGCCAUCUGGGAUUCCCCUGCCUCAUCAGUGACCUCAAUGCUCCAUGCUGCCACCCUAAUGUUCUGCCAGCUACAAAGAGGCGUGGAUUUACCCAGUGCCCUGCAGCAUGCCUGUCAAGAGGUUUACUCCCUCAGUCAACGCACCACUGCCAGCCAGAAGCUCGCCCAGCAGGUGAUUGAGCAGCGCCUGUCUAUUCUGGACACCAAGAACUUGGACACUGGGUUACUUUGUGCUGGCGUCUGGCCUGACAGCUUCCCUUCUGCAUUGCUCUCCACUGAGGAUUCCUGUUUCUCUACUGUCCUUCGAGAUGGACAGGUGUUGUCAUUUUGCCUCAACACCCUCAGUUUACAGGGGAAACGGAAUCGCCCACUCAGUUUGACUGACCUGCAGAGGGUCCUUCAGAGCAGCAGUUUACACGAAGGUCUGGUCUUUGAGAGAGGGGAAAAUCUGGAGCACGCAGAUGUGCUGCAGCUGAUACCAACAGCAGUCAGACUUGUCACGGAGUGUGCAUCUCACGGGGACUGGAUCAUGCGCAGUCGCUGGCUCUCACAUCUCGGAAAGAGCUCCACUUUCGCCCCUGAUCUGGCUUUGGUUCAAGUGGAAGCUGGAAACAGAGUUCUAAAGGCUGUUUUCAGUUGUCAACUCGCUGCCCAGGGCAAAUCCCUUGCUGAACUGCUGCAACCGCAAAGCAUCGAUGAGUACAGAAUUCUGGUGGACAUGCGCUGGAACAAGCAGUACUUGGACAUUUUAGCCAACAAGUGUAACUUUGAGGAUGAGAAAAGAUAUGUGGCGUUUAUGGAGGAGCUGAAUGCAGUUGCCAAUAGGAUCACUCUACUGAUGGACCGAGAAGAGAGGGCAGUAAUUUGCAAGUUUGCUGUCAAACUCUCAGAUCACAACUGUGCCCUGAGAAUGGCCAUGGGCUUUUCCAAAGGGACUGUGGACAUGAGUCACCUUCCUCAUCCAGUGCUGAGACACCUACACACCUUCUUUGACCUGUGGAAUUCCUUCACGCUGCAGGCUAUACAGGGCGGACAGACUUAUAUCCCAGACCAUGUUAUGUUUGAGAUCCUGCAGCUCCUGCAAUGGCUUGACCGUUUUUGGAACAUUUGCAACAUGAUGCCAGCAGACACUCAAGGGAUCUCAGUGAUGUCAAUGCACUGGCAAUGGGUACAGAAGCACCUCAUCCCCUGUCUGCCCCUGCUCUUGCUGGGAGACGCUGAUGUCACAUUCGAAUGCUACCAAGAGCUAAGGGCAGUUGCAGGAACCAUUCAGACUCUCCUGUCCACUCCAGUGUCUGUGGCUACAGCACUAAAAGGCAUCCAGAGAACCUUGGGAAAAUCUCUGCCGUUUAAGUUGGAAACUGUUGCGAAGUGUGCAUCACAGCUCAGAAGUUUGAGUCAAGCCCUGGAUGUGAAAAACUUCACUUUGGAUCCCACAUUCAGUUCUUGGAAGCAGGAACUAAUCUAUCUUCAUGUUGUUGGACUUCGUGUGGACAUUAAAGAAAGUCUCCUUGACGCCUGGGGACUCGUCCUGAUGGCAAACAAUGAGCUGGACACACAGAAAUUUGCAAUAUUGGAGAGGUUGGUGUCAAGUGUGGAAAACCAGCAGCACCAGAUGACAUCCUGCGGUCUCUUGAAGACCAACAGCAUGUCCCAAGAGGAUGGACCAGCAGAAGAAUUCCCUCUGUCUCAACAAGAACUUCAGCACCUUAGCCGCAGGGCUCAAUUGUGGCCUCUGAUGGAGAAAGUGGCUGCCCUCAACCAUCUGAGGCUCAGUACAGAAUUAUUGCAACUGUCUUUUUCACAUAGUGACCAAGAAGCACUGGACAGCUUGCGCCUACAAAUCUCCAGACAUCUUCGCUAUUGCCUCCAGUCCACGCCCAUGAGUGUAAUUCAACUUCGGCCACUGUGGUUUCUGCUCAAGAGUGAAAGGCCGGUGGAGGAACUACCAUUUGUAUGGUGUGAGCUCCUGUCUGAGGCUUUGGCUGCUCUGUGGACGAACAGCGCAACAUCUGACCCUGACCGUUGGCUGAAAUGGAAUCCACUCAAUCCUGAGAAACAACCUGAUUCAGAGCCACAUUGUGCAGUAAAAAAUAUGGGACCAGCUUUGUUAAAUAAAGCUGUGUGGUCACAUUGUGCCCUGGGAGUGCUCAACACCUGUGCAACUGCAAGACAGUGGGAACCAUCAGGGACUGCUCUCCUCUUAUUUUCAAAUGUGAACCUGGGGGAGUGGAAGGAACAGACUCAGCAGCUCCAGGAUUUGUCUGCAAUCUUGUGGGACAAUAUGGCUUUUCCAGCAUUGGCCAACCUAAGAGGCACAGAUUUGAAGCUCCAGGGUGCCAUCCUACGUCGACAAUUACAGAGUAUGGCACACAUGUUACCUCACAGUUUGCAGGAGGUUUAUCUGGCUCUCUGUGAGAGCGUGGUUGAGAAAUCCAACCCACUAAUUGCUGCUGAGGAGAUCCAGAAAAUUCUCAGCGAUUGCAUUUCCCCGAAAUUGCUUCCUGAUGGAGUAGUGGAUACCUGUAUUGCCUGCCUGAAGCAGUUUGUUGAAAACAAAGUUCAAGGCACCAACUCUGUGGCCUACGCUGGUGCGUUCUGGGUCAACAUGGGGUUGCUUAAUAUCAAUUUAUGGGCACCACAGACCAUCUUUGACCCAGCUGUCAAGAGAGCCUACAAACUCAAUUAUGCCCAGCAGGAGUUAGCCAUUCUGCAGACAGAGUGGAAAGUACGGAGCAUGUCCUCUGAGCUGAAGACUGGAGCGGAGUUGGAGGAGAGUAGUACCACUGAUGGUCUCAAACAUCCUCGAAUCAGGUACCUCUGGAUCCGUAUGCAGCAGGUAAAGGCACAAAUAGCCGAGCUUUCCAGGAAGCAGGCAUUUCGCCCCCAGGAACCCAACUAUGGAAGAUUAUUCCAGGAUCUCCAGCACUACCUCUGCAGCAUUGGUCAGGCAUCAGCAGUGCAAGACCUACUCUCACACCUACAGAGUGCUCUGCAGAGUUCCUCGUCGUUAACACGAUCGGCCAUCCAGAGUCUUCUGAAGGAGGAGAGCGUGUGGCAGAACUCUCAGCAGUGCUUCUACCAGAGGCUAAAAAAGGACUAUCUUCUUUACCCUGAUGUCGUCGGUCCAGUGCAGACUGGAAUCAUCCAGCUCCGACAUGGCAUGAAGCUGGUUGCCUCCCAAAUAACUUCUUCUCUCUAUCAUGUGCCUGAACUUUCCAAACUGGUCUCCUGCCUCCUUUCCUUUCCCUCCCUGACCCCUAGUAUGCAGUCUUACCUAUCCCAUGCUGAUUUCCUCUGCUCCAAAGAAUGUCAGGGAACUUUGCGUAGCCUUGGGCAGUUGCUGUCACAAAAAGACCUCAUUCAUGUGGACGUGCCACCCUCCACAUUACUACUCAAUGCUCUUCUGUUUGUGCAGUGCCACGCACUUAGCACAGGACAGUUCAGCGAUGACACACAAAACAUCUUUAGGCAUAUCUGUCAGGCUCUAGUGAAUGAGUGGGACGAAAUGGAGAAAAAGAAGAGAGACCAAGAACAGCAGGAGGCUUGUCUGUACCGCAGUCGUAGUCAGCAGCAUGGUACAGGACUGACUGAGGCACAGCAAGAGGAGAAGGACUUCAGAUGUCUGUUUCCUCUAUUUGAUAAGGACUUUUCAGACAUGUCUCUGCCGAGCCUGGAGGGCCCCACUGAUGCAGACCUGGAGGAAGAUGAAGCCAGUAGGGGGCUCGAUGAAAAAAGUUUUCUGUCGACUCCUACAAUGAACACAGUCGUGCAAAUUCAUCAGCGCCUAUGUCUUGGUUAUGCUCAGUCAUUGUGGUACCGGAGCAGAUUACCCAACAGUCAAAGCAAUGACUUUAUCAAGGCCCUGGUUUCUUCUUACCAAAUUGCUGCCCCGCUGAUUGCACACUUCUAUCAUCUAAUUGAACUAAACCAGCAGUUUGCAGGCAGUGAACUGCUGCUGUCAACUCUCAUCCAGAACACAGUGCAAGGGUCACCAGGAACAGAUACUCUGGUUCUCAACUCAGAAGGGCCUUAUGACUUCUAUCAGCACCCCAAUAUGAGUGAGGCCCGCCUCUGUCUUCCUAUUCUGGAACAGAUGAGGGUAGCUGUAAAUAAGAGACUUGAGGAAUGGCCCGAGCACCCAGCGCUUGUGCAGCUGAUUGUGGUGAUUGAGAGGAUCAUGGGUUUCAGCUUGUCCAGUCCCAUAGCAAAGUUUCUCAAUGGCUUGGAGAUACUACUGAGUAAAGCACAGGAUUGGGAGAAUAAUGCCAGCCGUGCGGUCUCCUUGCAGAGCAACAUUGCACCAGUUACACAGCUCAUUAUCAAGUGGCACAAACUGGAGUUAAAUUGUUGGUCAAGCAGUCUGGACAAUGCUGUGAAACGACAUACUGAGAAAUCCACAAAGCACUGGUUUUCUAUUUACCAGCUCUUCGCAAAAUAUCUGGAAGAUCAGAUGAUGAAUGCAAAUACAGGCGAAGAGUUGGGAGGUUUGUCCCUGUCCUCGUUGUCAUCCACAUUACAAGCCUUUGUGGAGGGUUCGAGCCUGGGCGAGUUCCAUACCCGCUUGGCCAUGUUACUCAGCUUUCACUGUCACUUCCUUCUGCUCCCCAGUCAGCCUGGACAAGUUACAUUGUCAAAUCUUCUGUGGAACCUACACAAAUAUUACAGUCAAUUUUCAGACUGCAUUCAGAACAAAAUCGGACAGCUCAGACAGCCGAUUGAGAAGGAGCUCAAGGAUUUUGUCAAAAUCUCCAAGUGGAAUGAUGUUAGUUUCUGGUCUAUCAAGCAGUCAGUGGAAAAGACACAUCGAACCCUCUUCAAGUUUGUCAAGAAGUUGGAGGAGAUUCUGAAUGGCCCCUGUUUUACUGUUCUGGUAGAACAGAAAAACAUUGUCUCUCUUGACAAUACUGACAUACAUUCGGAUGAAACACCCAUUCAACGAAUUCAUCAGGCCCUCAAACAAGCCCUGCCAGGAAAGAACACAAACCAUCAGAACAAGGAACAAGAUGGAGGAGUCAAGUUGGAAUCACUGCAAGGACGUCUGCCAGUUUUGGUCAGAAAGAUGAAGAAAAUAUGUGUCCAAUAUGUACAGAAACACCCAGCAAUGGAGCUCACUCUAGAUCUGGACUUCUUUACAGGCGAAGUCCUCAGAAAUCUGAAUGACCUGCAAAGUCUUACCAUUGACAUGUCAGUGGAAAAAGACAAACAGACAGCUCAGGUGAAACACAUCCUGCAGCAGAAGCAGAGAGCUCUGUCCGGCCUGUUCCAAAUACUUCGGGAAAUAGGUCUGUCAUACCGGAAAGGGUUGAUAUUGAACAGGACUGCUGACCAAGAGGAAACUCUCUGCAUACAGCCAUUGGAUAUGAGCGCAGCUUUCGCGACUGUCAUGAACCACGAAUCUACUGAGACCAGAUUGUUGUCAGAGUUGAUCAUCGCUGGGGAUGGAUGUCAGCGUUACUUCUACCGUUCAUGGGCUAGGAUAAACGCCCUUAAGACAGCACUCCAGCAUGCCCAAAAAGAUCUGGGUCUAGGGAACAUCGAGCGAUGCAGAGGCUUUUCAUCUCAUCUCUUUAACCUACUCCUUAGACAGAGGCAACGACUGGCCAAGCUGACUGAGCAGUGGGUCUGUUUGAGGAGGCUAACAAGCACCAUCCAAGAUAUCAAGGAUACACUCCAAAGUCAAGGAGAAGACGCAGACGGCACACUCCUGCCUCAGGCACCGCUGUACGAUUGGGUCAACAAAGGCCAUGCUCUUGCUGCUCAGUGUUCAAUCCUCCUGCAGCAGCUCUCCUGGCUCGUGCAGUGCUGCCCCGAACCACCUCAGCUGCAGGAGGAGGAGAAUAGUAAAUCUUGGUUGUACUCUCUGAGAUGCACAUCUCCAAUGGCAGCUCACCAUCAGCCCCCUGUUUGCCGCAUGAGGAAAGGAGAUGCCACCUGGAGUCAACUCAACCAGCAUGUAGCCGCAAUGCUGAAGCAGAUGCUGAGCUUGAAGACCGAGCUUCACCGAAUAACACAGCAGAGCUCAGAGAGAGUACUUCUGACAUGGAGGCAUUAUGUUACGUGUUGUUCGGCUUUUGACCAGCUGGCAACUGUGGCCUCUCAGCUGUUUGAUAUUGAACAGCUCUUCAUGCCAGCCACAUCUCUCAGCAAUAUAAACCUUAUCCCAGCCAUCAUACAGAGCCUACAGUUUGUUAGGAAAGAAGCAAUGACAAACGUCACGGAGUUUACCUCUUGGAAGAACCAGAAUCUCUCAGAUGUACACCCUACCUCAGAUGCCCCGUCUGCAUUCUGUUUGGAGUUUUCGACUGAGCUAGAUGCAAACAUAAACGGCUUGUUGUGUGCUGUCCAGACACUUGUAAAGAGAAGGGAGAACAUUGAGGAAAGCGCUCGAAAAGUUGACAAAACAGUGAGUGAUGAUAAAGAUGUCGGCAAAGAGCUUGUGGAAGACUUACUGAAGCCACGACACUUCACCCAUCACUUGGAGGAGGAGCUGGCUGCUGAUGUGGAGUCUAUGUGUGUGGGAGAUGUGAACGCCAGGCUGGAGAGGCUCCUCAGCUGCUUAAAGAUGCACACAAACUCUUUAAAGCCAAAGAAGCUCCAGGAGGUGAACAGAGCAUGUAGGAUGCUGGUGCGUGUGGAGCCUCUGCUGGGGAUUUACUCCGACCUGGUCCGUUACUUCUUGUCUGUGUCAGUGGGAGUGCACAGGUGCACCGGCAAACUGCUUUCGGUGUUGGCUAACAUCUUCACUGAGCUCGCACUGAAGGGUUUCUGCUUGCCUCAGGAGCUGACCACUGGAGAAGGUGACGGUGCCACUGAGUUUCAUGACUAUGAAGGUGGUGGAAUUGGUCAAGGCGAGGGCACAAAGGAUGUCAGUGACACAAUUGAGAAUGAAGAUCAGGUGGAGGAUUCCUGUGCAGAGGGUCAGGAAAAAGAACAUCAAGAUGACAAGAAAAUUCAAGCAGAAGACAAUGCUAUUGAGAUGUCUGAGGAUUUUGAUGGCCAAACACAUGAUGGUGAUGAGCAUGAUGCUGAUGAUGAUGAGUCGGAUAACGACACUGACCAGGAGGAGGAGUUGGAUAAAAAGAUGGGUGAACUGGGUGAUGGACAGACAGAUACUCUUGAUGAGAGAAUGUGGGGUGGGGAUGAGGAGGACAAUGAUGAUGAUGAUGACGGAGGAAGUGACAACGAGGAAGAGUCUGGCCAAGGCAUGGACCAGGGUGAAUCUGUAUUAGCCGCAAAGGAUGACCAAUUAGAUGCCGCCGAACCUGACAAAAACAAACAGGACAGUGAUGACAAGAUGGACGCUGAAGAGAAAGACAAAAUCAACGAGCAAGGAGAUGAGAGAGAUUUUGAUGAGAAUGAAGUGGACCCCUAUCAUGGCCAGCAGGAUAAGAACCCUGAAUCCGAGGCAAUCGAUCUGCCUGAAGAUCUUAACCUGGACCAGGAUGACGAGAUGGAAGACAAUGGUCAAGAUGAAGGUGAUGAAGAAAAUCCAUUUGACAUUGACAAUGACAAGGAAGUGAUCAUAGAAGGGGACGAAGAAGGACCGAAAGAGGGAGAUGAAGAAGAGGGAGAUGAGCAGAUGGAAGAAGACAAGCCAAACCAAAAAGAAAAAGACAACAGAGAACCAGAGUCACAGAGUGAAACAGAAAAGAGCGAAGUCGAUACAAAAACAGAAGACCGUGAAUCCCAGAAAGAUGAGAAUCUCUCUUUCCCAAAAGAGGAAGGUCCCUCUCCUAAGGAGGAGGCUGAUGGUAUGGAUGAUGCGGAGGAUCCAUUGGAGUCAACUGAGAGGAAAGAACAUGCCACUGAUGGGCAAACCGGGGAGCAGAAUUUCCAGAGUGAUACUGCUGUGGAGCUGGCUGGAGAGGCAUCAGAGAGAGACCAAGCAAAAGAGGAGCAUGGGACCGGAGCAGCUGAUGCUUCCGUAUCAGAAGGUCACCAGUCAAAGCUGACUGCAAGGAUGCCUUCAUAUACACAGAAACAUAACAGCACUCAGAGCUUUAAAAGAAAACCUGGUCAAGCAGACAAUGAGCGUUCAACGGGUGACUCCAAUGAGCUUGUGAACAAGCGUCUUCGUACGUUGGAAAGCUCUCAUGAGCAGACGCAAGAAAGCAGGCAAGGUGAAACCCAACAAGAGUCCGACCUAUAUGAGCAUAUCAAAGAGGGCGACAUCCCCUACGAUCGGCAAACAUACGAUGUCGCCAAUGCGAAUCAGGAGGCAGCAGAGCAUCGACAGGUCAAGGAUGAGGAGGAUCUUUCAAUGGAAAUAGAAGAACAAGAUGAUGAUUUGCAUGCUGCUGAAGUCCAGGAGCUGAAACAUCAGUCGCUGGAUACAGCUAUGGCCCUGCAGGAGCAAGCAGGUGUAGAGAAUGUAGAGAUGCAUCUGCAGAGGCAAGAGAAUGAAGACAAAGAAUGGGAGCGUGGCAGGCAUUCACGAGAUGCCAAGGAAGCCGAGAAAAAUUCUGAAUCAACCUUUCACACCCUGACUGAGAUGCUCGUAGGCACAAUGCAGAAGUUCGACAGAGACCCAGACGACAUCCGGAGGGAGCUGGAGUUGCAGUUGUCAAUGUGGCACAAACUAACUCCAGGAACGCAGGAGGAGGAGAGUGCAGCAGCAUACAUGUGGCGGCAGUACAAGACAAUGACCUACCUACUCUCCCAACAAUUGUCCGAGCAGCUUCGCCUUAUUUUGGAGCCCACGCAAGCUGCAAAGCUCAGAGGGGAUUACCGCACAGGAAAACGCCUUAACAUGAGAAAAGUGAUCCCAUAUAUUGCCAGUCAGUUCCGGAAGGACAAGAUCUGGUUGAGGAGGACCAAGCCCAGCAAAAGAGAUUACCAGAUCUGCCUGGCUGUGGAUGACUCCUCUAGUAUGGUGGACAACCAUUCCAAACAGCUGGCGUUUGAAUCCUUGUCAGUGAUUGUCAAUGCUCUCACUCUGCUGGAAGUUGGACAAGUGUCUGUUUACAGUUUUGGUGAGCAGGUGCAGCUUCUGCACCCAUUCCAGCAGCAAUUCAAUGAUGAUUCUGGAGCUCGGAUCCUCCGAUUGUGUACAUUCCAGCAGAAGAAGACACGAAUAGCUCAGUUCCUGGAGAGUGCCACCAAGAUGUUUCUUGCAGCACGAAAACAGAUCUUUCGAUCGACAAAUUCAGAGACGGCCCAGCUACUGAUCAUCGUAUCAGAUGGUAGGGGAUUGUUCCUGGAAGGAAAUCAGCGAGUGAUGGCAGCGGUGCAGGCAGCCCGCAACGCAAAUGUGUUCCUGAUCUUUGUGGUACUUGACAAUCCCAACUCACGGGACUCCAUCCUGGACAUCAAGGUGCCACUCUUUAAAGGGCCAGAGGAACUCCCAGAGAUCCGCUCCUAUAUGGAUGAGUUUCCAUUCCCCUUCUAUGUCAUCCUGCGAGAUGUCAAUGCUUUGCCAGAGACUCUGAGUGAUGCACUAAGGCAGUGGUUUGAACUUGUCACAACUGUCGACCAGUGAGGGUGUUUUCACCCACCCCAAAGGUGAUAUUGUUAAUGAAAGAAAUCAAACUGUAUUGCUAAUUCAUGACUUCAAAGAGAAAAAAAAGACGCUGCUGUAAAUGUGCAUUUUCUUAGAUGCUGUGUCACAAUUCUCAAAUCGUUGUAGUUUUAACAUUGUCUUUUUUUACACCGGGUGUUCUAUUUCAUUUUCAAAUGAAUCAUGAUUGCCCAACUUGCAAGUUGGUUAUGAAGUUGAAAUGUAACAAUGUUUUUUUUUUUGGGCGGGGGGAGUGUUCACCUUGUUGAAAUCAUGUGCUGUAUUUGAUUUUUGUGUAUUAUUUCAGUG